AUGCCCCGCGCUGCAAAGCCACCCGUGAAAGCUGCAUGCCUUGCCUGUUCAGAGUUUGACGAAAAAACAGUCGCUCAUCAAAGACUCGUUGCGACGGGGAAAGACCGUGUAGAAUUACCCAUAAACAAGAACAAUGACGGAGCUAAAAUCUGCACAUAUCAGUGUUUAACCAGAGGCCGAGAAUGUAAUUAUCAGCCAAGUCGCCGCGGUGGGCCCCGAAGAGGAAUCCGUUAUGCAGAGCUACAACAGCAACAUCGUCUUGUAUCGGAUGAGCAGGUAGAGCCAUUGCUAGACAAUAUGCUCGGUCUUGUUUCGCCACUUGCCGGUGUCCAUAAUCUGGACAUAUCUCCAGAUGCCCUUUCUGAUACCAGUGGAACGCGGCAACUCUGGGGUCAACUCACUCCGAGUGCAGAUGACCCGUUUUCGUCGGUGUCGAUUCCAGAAGCAGAGCCAUCCGCUGUUCGAUCAUACCGAUGUGAAGAGGAUAUUGCGAAUGCCUACUAUAUCUACAUACACCCAUACCUUCCGUUGCUACCGCCUCCUGUGACAGCGCUACGUGAAGAUCAGCCUACCCUUAGCCGACCAUCAAAAGAGACCAAUGAGGCUAAAAAGACCGAUUUGCAAAUUUGGCCACAAUCGUCUCUAAGCCUUGCAUUGUCUGCACUCCUUGUCCUGAUACCACCUUCUCAGGGUCCAUUCUCGAUGACGGAGGCAAGUAUUGUCCUCAGACGCACAUACGCUCAACUCUUUGCACAAGCUGCUUUAGCAAGUGUAGAAAAGGAAAUCGAUGACAUGGGACCUGCAAUACACUUCAACGCACCUGGUGCAUGCCUGUCUCAAGGACAUAGCCCGUUGCAUUCGCAGGUGCCUCUUCAAAUUGAGCCUAUUCUGGCGCUUGUCGUACUCGCGAUCUAUGAAUACUGUCAGCGUGGUAACGUCUCAAGGAUGCGAGGCCGGAUCAAUCAAGCUGUCACUACAGCCAUGGAUAUGUCUCUUCAUGAGCUUGGCUCGACGACUACAGUAGCCAUCGAAGCACAGAGACGUGCGUGGUGGAUAACACCGCCGGUUGUCACAGCAGACGACCCUCGCAUAACGACAUCUUAUCCCAGUUUCGGUGUACACUUGGAGCCCUGGGCCCUUUUGAUCAAAGCUCAACAAACUCUCUACGCAUCCAACCAAAUGGUCCAACGAAUCGAGCGCAUUACGGAGGAAACACCUGCUCCCGACCUUGGCACACAAAUCAAAACCCUGGAUGCAGUAAUCACUACGUUGAUGACCAAGUCUGAUCAAUACCUUCGAUGUACGUUUGAUGAAGACGGGGAAGGCCCCAUAGCCGAGAAUAUGUGGAGGAUCAGCAGAAUCGUGAUCUACACGUAA